UAAGUAUUUCCGGUUUUCUAUGGCGUCCGUCAGAAAUUCUUACAUGACUUCAGAGAUAUCUAAAUUUCCUUGAUGAAUACCCCAAAAACACAAUGUUAUCACCAAUAGAAAAAGAGCUUUCGGAAAAUGACCAAGCUAGAGUGUGGAACGAGUUUUAUCAGAGAAUAAAGAAUGAAGCCUCAUUGAGAACCUUGGACGAUGAUAAAUACAAAAUAACUGCUGCAAGGAAACCUGAAAAUCGAAACAAAAAUAGAUAUAGAGAUGUUAGUCCAUAUGACCAUAGUCGUAUUGUAGUAGAGAAGGGAGAUGAUGAUUAUAUUAAUGCUAGUUUAGUUGAAGUGGCAUCUGCAAAUAGAAAAUAUAUUUUGGCUCAAGGUCCUUUAGAGCACACCGCAGGGCAGUUUUGGCAAGCAGUAUGGGAACAACAAUCAAAAGCUAUUAUAAUGCUCAACAGAGUUAUAGAGAAAGAAACAAUAAAAUGUCAUCAAUAUUGGCCCCUUGGUUCUCGUCAAGAUUAUGAAGAUGAGAUGUUAUUUGAAGAUGUAGAAUUAAGGGUUACUUUACUUCAAGAAGAAGAUUAUGAACAUUAUACCAAACGCUUAUUUAGUUUAGAAGAUAUGGAGACUGGAGAUAAAAGAGAUGUAACACAUUUUCAUUAUACAACAUGGCCAGAUUUUGGUGUUCCUUCCUCUCCGACAGCAUUCCUUAACUUUUUAAUGGCAGUCCGUGAAACUGGUUGUUUAGAAUCGGACUGUGGACCUGCAGUAAUUCAUUGUAGUGCUGGUAUUGGUAGAUCGGGUACCUUUUGUUUAGUAGAUUCUUGUCUUGUACAGAUUGAAAGAGAGAGAAGUAUGAAGUGUGUAGAUAUACGAUCUAUACUGAUUGAGAUGAGAUCAUUUCGAAUGGGAUUAAUCCAAACUCCAGAUCAGCUUAGGUUUUCUUAUUUAGCAGUUAUUGAAGGAGGAAAAAGAAUCUUGUUGGACGCCGAUGCCAACUCAAAUGUUAAAACAAUUGCAGAGGAUACUAUUAAGAAAGAAGAUAUUCCUCCUACUCCACCAAUAAGAAGUUCAAGUUUACAAAAGGUUCAAUUACCAGAUGAACCACCGGAAUUACCACCUAAAGUUAGACCUGACUGGACGAAACAAAUAAACGAUGAUACCUCGGAUGAUAUAAUUCCUGCUAAACAGAGAAAAAUAGAGGAGAGGGAUGAUUAUCAAAGUCCUGCUAAACAGAGAAAACUGUCCAAUAGAAAUGGUGGGACAGAUUUGAAUGACAGACAGGACUUAUUUUUUAAUAAGCCUGAUGAAGUUAAAAAAGUAGAUGACAUUGAUAUAGUUGAUAAAAUUGAUGAAGUUGAUAAAGUUGGUGGCAGUGUUGGUGAUGUUAAUGAUGAAGAUGAUGAAUCACAACAAUUAAAUAUACUACGAAAGAGAGUGAGAGGGGAACGUAAAAAACAGACAGCAGAAAUGAUCAAAAAGAUGAAGGAGAAACAAAAGAAAAGUGAAUUAUGGAAAGAAAGAAAGAGUUAUUUAAAACCCAUUUGUUUUGGAAUAACCCUUUUAAUAGGCAGCUAUUUAUUGUAUAGAAAUAGUUUGAAAGUAUAGAAAUAUUUAACGGAGAGACUAGAAUAGUAGUUUAUGAUGUAGCUGUAAAUAAAGUUAAGGUGAGUAUUAUAAUAACUGAUCUGAUAGUUAAAGGUAAUGAUGUACACAACGAUAUUUUAACUGCAUUUAUAAGAUAUAUUACAGUCUGUAUAUUAAAGUAUAUGUAAUCAAAGUCCAUAUGAUGUUACUUUCUAUUAUUACUUGUUACAUCUAUAUCUAAUGUUAUCAUUAAUUGGAUAUGUUACUUUUCAAUUUCACAAUCAAAAUACUGUUACUAAUUUUUUCUACAAUAAAUAAUAUUGCAAUCAUAUCAAAUCAGUAAAGUUGUAACUUAAAUGAUAACGAACAGUAUAAAUAUGAUUUAUAAUAGAGUUAAUAAUUUAAAUUUCGACUUUCUGUUUAUGAACCUGAUAGCAGAAUAAUAUAAAGCCACUGAUCGUCAUUUACAUCUAAGUUUUCACUGUGUUAUCCAGAUUAAAAUGUACUAAACAUUUAAUACAGAAAAGGUAACCAAACUCAAAUUUAUAAUCCACCAGGCUGACUUCAGUUUGAUUUAAAGGAGGUCCAUAAAAUAUUCUAAUUGUGGUGUUGGCUUCUUUAUAUUUAUAUCUUCUGUGGGUUGGGACUUUUUGAUUUUGUCAUAUCUUGGACUUAUAUUCCUUUUAAAAGAUCCAACUUUCACGAUAUUGUAGUUUACAAAGGAUUCAAAAUCCUUCAAAUGACGAUCAGCAGCUUUAAGUCAGUUAUAUUAAGGAAAUAAUUAUUACUAUUUGUUAUAGUAUGAUAGUGUGAUUUUACUCAAAAUCAAAAGAAGCAGAAAUAGAAUUAAAUGCUUUAUAAUUACAUACUCAGUCUACCCUGUCCAUGUCACGUAUCAUCUGCUCAAAAUAUAUAUUACAAUAUAUAUAGCUCAUCAAAUAUUAAUUAAAGCUGGAUUCCUUUAAUAGAUUACACUAUAUAGAGGAGCAGUUGUUACUUCAAUAGGAAAUUAUUUUCAUUGUUCUUUGUGUUGAGGAAGAAAAUAGUUAUUUUCAGAUAAGUAAGCUUUAAGGCAUGCUAGGUAUCCCCAGUGGUCUCAUUCUGUUCUAUUCCACUAUACCCUGGGUUCAUCUGUGGAAUAUUCACGUAUUCAAUUAUCUGCUCAUGGUUUACAAACCAGUCUUAUCCUCAUUACUUACAUUCACAACAAUAUAGCGGCUUGUUUGUUGCAACAAGAUGAGAGUUACUUCCCUUCAUCAACGUCCUGUGUAUUUAAUGUUUUUUUAUGAUUGGUGGAUAAAAAUAGCAGGGGUUAGUGAAGUGGAGCGGAAUGAGACCACUGGGGAUACCGAGGAUGGCUUUAAGGUUGAAACAGAAAAUUGUCUUAAAGGAAUCUAGCUUUGCUAUCAUCAUAUCUAAAAUUAUUAUAUAAUAUCAAAAUUUUUAUCAUAUCAGUUAUUUUGCAUAAUCAAGAUUUUAAUUUUCUAUCUGAUUUUGGUUGGAAUCUUGUAUUCCUUGUAAAAGGUGCAGAUUUUAUACAAACAUCAAAAGGUAUCAAAAUCAUUCUAUACUAACUUUAUAAUAGUUUUGCUUUUACAUUAUUUUUUUCUCAUUCAUGUACAUAUAUGUAUUCUAAAUUUGUUCGACCAUGUCCAUGUUUUGUUUCUGUUAAGAAGGGUAUUGUUACAUUUCUUGUAAAUACAUGUUGAAUUUGACAUUGGCCUAUUAUUAUAUUAUUAUUAUGGUAUGUACUUGCAGUGUGUUUCAAUUUGACUGUUGACAUUUUGUGUCAAAUCACAUUCUAACAAUGAAAUUGUCUAUAUACAUGUAUUACUAUAAAGCUUGUUAAUCAUCAUAUUGGUUUGUGGAGGUGAUGGGAUAAUGUUAGAUUUGUAUAUCUAAUAUGAACAUUUAUACAGGUAUAUGGCUGGAAAAUUAGGUCAGAAUUGGUCUCACAUAUUUCUUAUUAAUGACAAGACAUUCCAUCUUUAUAACUUCUUCAUCAUAUUCACCUUUGACUGUAACAAAUACUUGGAUACACAUUUUACUGCAACACAUAUCAAAUGGUUAUUGACAAUUUGUGGUUAAAAUAAAGUGUCAUGGUUAAAAUGUGAAUAGAAUUGGACAAGCAUUGAUUUCACGUCCUUUCAUACCUCAGCAUGGCAUUUCUUUACAAACAUUGCAUGUCCUUUUUUUCAGAGUAUUUAACCUACAUGCUUGGAAUUUUCACCACAAACUGUUAUCAACUAUAAAAUAUGUACUAAGUACAAACUAUUAUUGUACUGUAUCAAAAUUUUAUUAACAAAAUAUCCACCAAAAUGAGUAUGAUUUACAACAACUUUAUAGUAACCAAUGAGCAGUCCAUUUAUCUUUGUGAAACUAUAUUCUAUAUUCACAUUGUCAUGCUUUGUGCACAACCAUUGUGAAUAAGCGCAUUAUAGAUAUACACACUAUUAUUAUUAUAACAUAAAAGCCUUAAAAUUAUUUGUUCUUCAAUGGCUGCUCUCUCAGAAUUCUGGUUAACAGAAAGAUGUUAUAGUUUCAGACUAGUUGUUUAUUUUGUUAUUUAGAAGUAGACAUGAUAAUGGUUUGAUGAAGUCAACAAACUCACCACAUCCCUGUCGGUAAUUAACCUCUGUGACUAGCUAUAGUACUGUAACUAGAGGUGUUAGGCCAGCGGCAGGUGGAGUAAGAUUUUUAUGUGAAAUGGAACAGAUUUAAAUAUCUUAGGUUAUUCAGAAUGCAAGUUUUAAUGAAACUGAAAGUGUCAUUUUAGAUUUAUAUAAGUAAUAUUUAAAUAUUGGUAGUGUAUUCUACUAUAGUUUGACUUCCACAGAUAUUAGUAUUAGAUAUAAUUAUGGAAAAUAUAUUUUUAUAUGUAGAGUAUUACUUAUUAUAUUUCAGGCAUAAUUUAAUGUUAUUUUAACAAAGUCUCUUCAAGCCAGUUUAGUGAAUACAAUAGUAUUAUUGCCAUUAUUGAUUUAUUCAAAUAUUAAGUUUUAGCGAAAUCAUUCAGAUCGUACAAAUUCACUGCAUUUUCGUUUUGUUUGUUUUCGGAGCAAUGUGUUUGAUAAGCGAUAUUUAUGAGACAACGCCACUUUACCUAGCCAGCUAUACAGUAUGUUUAUAUAGAGGGAGUAUGAUAUAAAUAUGAUGAAGGUUAUUUUAAUGGGAUGUUGUAAGGUAUAUUAAUGUACUAUAAUACAAAAGUGAAUGCCCAUGCAAAUAAAUCUAUAUUAUUAUAGAAAA